AUGGUACUGGAGUGGACAUCAAGAACUGCAUACGCCUUCACGGAGCUCGUCUUCUUCUUGGUCAUUUGCUCCAUCGUUUUUGCGACCAUUGCCAUCAUUUUCGUCGUCAUCCUGCUGGCACACUGGAAGAAAAACUCUUUCUUUUCUCUCUUACGCCCCCUGUUCGAAAAUGUCUUCACGUCCGCCAUAGCUUUCUCCCAGAGAAGCGAGGAAAAGGUGAACAUAGUGUUUCUCGGAAAUGAGCAGUUGGGUGAUGAGUUUUUCACGGGAAAACUGAAAAAUGGACUCGCCAGGGUGUGGGUACACAUCUACUUCAUCCUCCUCUGCAGUAUUGCCGUUCUCUGGUUCGCUACCGUGUUCUCGGAUGGCGUUCUUUAUCGCAAGACGGGGACCUGCCUCGACCUGAACGUGCGAGACAGUGACGCGCGCUGUUUCCUUCUCUCCACCACCGACGUCCCGCCCGACGUCCAAGAGAUCAUUGACGAGGAGGAGGGAGAGGCCGUCCCGUGCCAGGAAGUCCAGAAAUAUCUGAUCCUCAAUGACAGUACCUACGAUCUCGAAGUAAUCUGCUAUCUGGCUCGCCUCAGUCCCCUCCCUGCCCUCGGUGUGGCGUACGGUACCAUGAAAACUAUCAUAUUCGCGACUAUUUCACUGCUCACCGUCUUCCUCGCUAUUUCUAAGAAAGUUAGAGCACCGGACAGGUCCGUGUUCUUCAUUCGCAUUAUACAUUGUUUUCAAAUUGGGAUUUCAGUCUUGAUUAUCGUGGUAAUAGUAGCCAUUGUUUCAAGUCUUCAUGAAACCAACCAAAGGAACACCACUUUUGAUUUCCUGCGGGGUGAGCGGUUUUAUCACUCUUCAGUUGUCGGACUUGGGGCAAUAACAAUCUUUGUCACUUUUGGACUCUUUCCCUGGUGGGCCUUCAAACCCCUUGAAAGGUUCAAGCCUGCAGGGCAAGGCAGGAGCAAUGAAAAUGAUCAAGGGGAGAAUGAAGAUAUUAAGCUUGAUAACAUCCACCGUAUGAUAUUGCUCCACCAAUUCUCCAUCGGAUAUCGAGAGGAAUAA